AUGGCCAAGCAGCACAUUCUCCUCCUCGUCCUUGUGGCUUCCAUUCACCAUAUUGCUUAUGCUGCAGCCACUACGACUUUGGCGAAUGUGACGGCCGAUGCAACUACCACAGCAUACGACAUUCUUGAGAAGAACAACUUCCCGCGAGGCCUCCUCCCCAAGGGCGUGCGGUCGUACGUCCUCAACCCUGAUGGCAAAUUGGAGGUGACCCUCUCGCGUGAGUGCAGGUUCCCUGUUAACCUCGGCGGCGAGAAAUUCAACCUGCAGUUCGCCAGCACCUUCGGUGGAGUCAUCCAUGCUGGGUCCAUCACCGAAGUGUACGGCGUCGAUGUGCAGGUCAAGUAUGCUUGGCUCGGGUUCAGCCAAGUCGACCGUGCCGGUGACCAGCUCACGUUUCAUGUUGAACAGUUCACGCAGUCCUUCCCCGUAAGCGGGUUUGCUGUGAGCCCCUCCUGCACCUAA